AUGUCUUCAAUACGAGAAGUUGGAAUAGAUUUGUUCCAAAUAUUUGACCAACAAUACCUUGCCAUAGUUGACUACUAUUCAAAUUUUAUUGAAGUAGAACAUUUGCACACGACAACAAGUCACGUUGUUAUAAGAAAACUAAAAAAUGUGUUUGCCAGAUAUGGAGUCCCCAAAGUGUGCAUCAGUGAUUUUGGACCUCAGUUUUCAUCUGCUGAAUUCACCGCAUUUAUGAAAGCAUGGGGUGUCCACCAUUUAAAAUCUUCACCAGGACACCAUCAGUCAAACGGCAAGGCAGAGGCAGCAGUGAAAAUAUUAAAGAAUCUGAUGAAAAAAUCCAAAGAAAGUAAAUCAGAUGCCUAUGAAGCCCUAUUAGAGUUUAGAAAUACACCCAGGCAAGAUACCAACUUAAGUCCGGCUCAGAUGCUCUUUGGAAGGGCAACAAGAACGCUAUUGCCAAGAAGAGAGCAUCCUGCAAGAAUGUCACAACAAGAAGCCGCGGCCAAACGGGAGAAGCGACACCAAAGUGUCAGAAAACACUACAACCAAACAGCUCGUGACAUGAAGCUUAUAAACGUCGGACAGAAAGUCUUCUAUCAAUCGCCAAACGAUACUACCUGGAGACAAGGCAGAGUAUGUCGGAAAGUGAACGAACGUGCCUACAUUGUAGAAGGUGAAAAUGGUUUUAAGUACAAAAGAAACAGAAGGUACCUAAGACCUGACACCACUAACAACAUAGACUUUUCUCCAGAUAGAGAAAGUAAUUGUACUGACAUUUUCCCAGACACAGAGAAUGAGUGUAUUAACAAUCCGCCCAACGCCGAAAACACUCACCAGUACUCUCUGCGACCUAGGGCAACUCUCCAGAAACCGUCAAGAUAUGGAGACUAUGUUUAA